AUGUUAAGGUUACUAAUACCUAUAUUUUUCUUUGUGACAGUAGUUUAUGGUCAAGGUGAGUUAAAAAGCGACUUUUUUCUAAAAACUCUGAAAUAUGAGCUGCUUACCUAAAAUAUAUUUUAACCUGCCUGAUUUUUCAAAGACUUACUAUUAUAAGUUAAUAUAUUCAUUAUUUUAGGCCUAACCUCCCAGCCAAUCCAGAGUAAGUACUUUGAGAUGAGACUGGAAGACUUUCACGAUGGAUCCCCUCAAACUAUGGGAGUGUACCCAACAUUGACAGAACUGUCAUUAGACGCUUUGUUGGAUGAUGAAAGAUACCCUCCUGAUAUGUACUAUAGACAAACUUUUGGAAAUUUGAAAAAAGUCGCUCCAAAUCUAAAAAAGUUGUCGAUUUAUGGUGGUUACAAGUUUCGACCUGAGUAUCCGGUAGGUUUACUGUAAUUUUGAAAAAAAUUCACCUUUCUGAAAUUUUCAAUUUCUACUUUACUUUGCCAUACCUUACCUCAAUAUACCAUAUACUACUUUACCUUGCCUUAUCAUACCCUGUCUUUGCUUAAAUCUAAAUUAUAUUGUAGUAGCCGCCUUAUACUCAACAAAAUCAACCUUUUAAAAUUCCAGGAGCCCUACAUGAUAAGCCAUGAAAUCCAGCACAUCCAGCGUAGUCUUCGCACGAUCGUCGGCGAAGCUCACCACGUUGGUAUCAACUUUGGUGACAUUAAUAUGCAAGCCGUCCUCUACUUCCCAGAACGUCUCGUCAAGUCCUCAAACUACAUUUCCACGAUCAAAAAGCACUUUCACGUCGUAAGAACGGUGGGCCCUCGAGUACAAUGUAAAUUCACGAUCGAGAACACUCCAGUCGAGUUGUGGAUCACGUUGGAAGACGAAAUGUUUUGGCGAACGACAGGCGUCAGCCGAACCCCCUUCCACGGCCGCGGCAAACGACAAUAUGGAGUGCAGAAGAAGCAUGAAGCCGUGUAUCAUUUGGAAGACUUUUACUAUGAAAAUGUGGUCAAGGAGAGGAGAGCUACAAGGUUUUUACUGUUUUCUCCGAUUAAUAUGUUUGGGAGUGAUCCAACUAGCCAGUAUAAUAUCGCUGCCAAGAAUUUCAAGCUUUUGUCACCGAAUGCUGAACAAGUACAGAUGUAUGGCGGAGGACAUGCUGUUUUGAAAGUAAGACAAAGUUUAAGUCCUUCAUUUUUGUUAUCUAAACACCAAAGAAAAAUAAGAAAAUAUUACCUUUUCCAAGUUUAAGCUGAAGUAUAAGUUGAUGAAUUGGGUUCUAACUAGCUAAACGGGCAAUUGAGGAGUUGAUCAUAAACUAAAACAACAUCAGAUUAAUUUAAAAUGGCAACAAAAGCGCAAAAAUUGUUCGAAAACAUAAAAUAGCUCGAAAUGGUUUGUUACCUAAAAUAUGAACCACGGUUUUCAACUGGCAAAUCGAAGGAAAAGCAAGAUUUAUGUUAAAAUAAUGUUUAAAAAAACAUUAUCAAAGAUACACUAUAAAUAAAUAAAGGCUUGUCACAAAAAAAUGAAGUAAGACGGUUGAAAAACUGAAAAAUUUUGGAGAAACGACUACAGAAGCUUUAAAAUGACUUUAAAACAAAGAUUUUAUGUAAAAAAUGUUAUCUAAAGAAAGUAAAAUUAAUUUCUAGCCUAUAAAAUUAACGUAACCUUUAAAAAAUUUCUAAAACGACCUGUAAAAAAGCAAAACCCUAUCACAACAUGGAAUAAUUGUGGCGAAAAAAUGAAAAAUUGGGAAAUUUUAGGACACUAGUGUUUUCAAGCGCACUUGAAAAUAGUUUGUCUAGAAUAAUAGAAAGGCAGGGUAAAAUAAAUUUAAAAUCACGGUAUUAAUAAAGCAUAAAAAACUAAUAUUAUUAUAUUUUAGAGCCAAAGCGAAUUCAUGGCCGAACUGGAUCUUCUCCACAAAAACCUGUUCGCCGCAGUUCAGGCUGUUCAACAAAAGGGAAUAUUGGUCGAAAGUGUCAUGUUGAAGGCAUAUUAUACUGGAGUGGUAAGAUUUUUCAUUUCUUUUCAAAAAUUUUUUUCAAUUUUUGGUUUUUAGAAGUGUUGUAAGUCUUGUCGUUUUUUAUUGUGAAAAUCAGUGUAAAUUGACGACAAGUCUUUUUUUGGCGUUUUAAAUCUAAAAAAUUUGAAUUUUUGGAAAUCGACGUUUUUAAAAUGAUCUUUUUAAAGUAAAAAAAAAUUUCUAAGCUAUAAUUUUUUUAAAUUUUCCAUAGCCAAAAUAAAAAUAUGCAAAUUUCAGCCAAUUUCGAACCCCGUAGGCCUGAUUCUUCAAACCUUUAAAGCCAAUCCAGUCUCCCACGGUCCAACGGCUUAUUUCCUGUCAUUUUCAAUUGGCCCAACUCCAGUUCGAAUGGAUAUUGGCUUCUCCCUGCCUUCUGAAUAUGCUUCUCAAGUCGAUCCGAAGGCUCAUCGAAGUGUGUUCGAAGUGCUGCCAAUGCACCUUCAGUUCGAUCCAAUUUUUGAAAAAAAUGUACAAGAAAAAAAAACCUGUUUCAAAGUGGAUGUAGAGCCAAAGGAUUCAGCAAAAAAGGCAUCUUUGACACUUGUGGGGUCAAGGUAGGCGGAACAUUUUGUUGGGAAAACAUAAAAUUUUUAAUGUAGAUGGCUAGGAUAGGACUGGGGUAAGCCUAAAUGUCUCAGUUUUAAGGGUAGGGUAGAGAAAGGUGGGUACGGUAGAGUAAAAGUGUAGGAACAGGGUAAGUUUUUUAAAAUUUGGCUAAAUUUUUAAGGGUAGGGUAGCUUUUUGAAAGCAGGGUAGAUUUUCCAAGAGCAAGGUUGAAUUUUAAGGCAGGGUAUGAUUUUUUAAAGGGGUAGAUCUUUAGGGUUAGAGCUAAGGAUAGGAUUAGGACUGGUGCUAAGGCUAAGGCUACUACUAAGGCUAGGGCUAGUUCUAGUGCUAGUGCUAGGGCUCUGGGCUAGGACUCUGGGCUAGGUCUCUGGGCUAGGGCUCUGGGCUAGGUCUCUAGGCUAGGGCUCUGGGCUAGGGCUGUGAGCUAGGGUUUUGGGCUAGAGCAGAACUACGGUAAGGCCUGGUUACGAUUAGAGUAGUUCAAGUUUUACGUCUGGAUGUAACAAAUCUCAUUUUAGUUAAUCGUCCCCCAGCAAACCCUGGAAAGCUUUGCAUUGAUUAACCCAUCAUCUGCUGAAAGGCAAACUCAGCUAAUGCAUCUUACCCUUGGUUCGAAUGUGCCAUUUCAUUUACGGAAUUUAUCCGAAAUAUACCACAAGGCCUUCAGUAAUCUGAAGGCGAUUGCUCCAAACCUAAGAGAUUUGAGGAUUGAUGCCAAGUUGAAGAUUGAUGGGGUAGGUGAUUCAUAUGAGUUUUUACAGCGGAACCUGCGUAUAGGGAACCUCUAUAUAACGAAACACCUGUAUAACGAACAAAUUUUAAUUCUCCUAGCGAUUCGUUAUACAGAGGUCUUACUGUAUAUUUAAAUUUUUUGUAAAAUACGAAUCAGAGCGUGGCGUAUACUGUACUUUCCAUUUUAAUAUUGUCAAGUGAGGUUGAAAUUUUUAACAUAAACUUUUCUUUAGAAGCCAUCAGAAAAAGUAGCAAUUUUAAAAGAAGCCACGAAGGAAAUGGUGAACGCAGCAAUUGCUUCCAACAUCAAUUUGGCCAGAGAGUAUAUCAACAUUAACAUCGACUUUAUGGGCGUAAGUUGGAUGAUAGGGUAUUUUCCAUUGCUUCAUAAGAGGCAAUAUUGUAAAAAAUUUGGGUACGGUUGGGCAAGGCAGAGUAGAGUAGGGUAAGGUCGAGUGGGGUUGAGCAAAGAUUUUAAGUCCAGGGUAGAACAAAGUGGGUUUGGUAGGGCAAGUAAGAAAGGCAGGGCACGGAAAUACAAAGAAAGGUAAUGUUGAGGAGGCAAGGCGAGACAGUGCAGAUUAAGGUAGGAUAUGGUAGAGUAAGGUAGGGUAGGGUAGGGUAGGGUAUGGUAGGGUAGGGUAGGGUAGGGUAGGGUAGGGUAGGGUAGGGUAGGGUAGGGUAGGGUAAGGUAAGGUAAGGUAAGGUAAGGUAAGGUAAGGUAAGAUAAGGUAAGGUAAGAUAAGGUAAGGUAAGGCAAGGUAAGGUAAGGUAAUGUAAGCCAGGGUAUCUUUAAUUUUACUAUUUAUAUUGAUUUUUAGUAUAGGUAAGAAACGUGAUAAUGAUUUUAAAAUUUCAGUCCUUCCCACCUCCAAGUGUAUGGCAAAAAAAUAUGGGAGUAACACAAGUUCCAAUGACUCCUCCAUACACGUUAGAGUACUACGAAGAUGAUGUUUUGGUGAGGAUUCAGGCGUCAUAUAUGGCUGGAAUCUCGAGGAGACGAGUUUCAAGGAGGAGGAGAACUAGAAUACGCAAAAUCAAAGUUUAA